AUACGCUUGCUCGUCUUGGAAUAUACCAACUUGCAGGCUCUCAAGAAGCUUAUCAAUCUCUCCUUCAUUUUGCACUUAAUUCCACAACCCUACCAGACUCUCUUGUUGUAAUUGUUUUAGAUUGGGCACGUCCAUGGACUUUUGUCGAAACAUUGCAACGAUGGAUUAAAUUUAUUGAAGUAGGUAUUGAACGAGUAAAAAAGGAAGGUUCUGUAGGGGCUAAAGAUGACUGGACCAAAGGUAAAGCCGUUGUCGAAGAAAUGCAAGAGAUACUCGAACGUUUUAUUAAAAAUUAUGUUAGCGAUGAUACUAGCACUGCGAGCGGGACAGUGCCAGCGUCAUCCGAAGAGGACGAAAUAGAUCAUAUAGUAGGAAAUCAAUCUUUAAAAAAGAUUUUCAAAUUAAACUAA